AUGUCGUUCUUCGGGUACCGGAGCUCCUCGAGCAGAGCUCCCGUGCAGGAGACGCAUCUGAGCGAGCUCGAGCGACUACGAGGACGUCAGCUCGCGAGUCUCGUGCGCGCUGGAGGUCGAGCCAAGAACCACCAGCAAACGACCUUUGAAGUGCCGGUAACCGACACACCACGCGGUUUAUUGACUCUCGAAUUACACCUACCGUCGGAAUUUCCAGUGAAAGUUCCGCAGCUUAAGACGUCGAUACCGGUGCAUCAUCGGUGGGUCGACACGGUAGGGAAUGUGCAUGGCCACCCGGAUCUGAGCAAGUGGACGGCGCACUCGGAUCUUGGACGGAUUGUGACGGAGAUUGUCACGGAGCUGCGAUCUGUAGUGAGUCAGAUGUCAGCAAGCAAGUCGCUGGUGUCUUCAUCCAGGAGUAGUUCGUCAGCGUCGACAGCAUCGACUGCGUCGUUGUCGCAGUACAGAGCGCCAUCGAGUAAGCAGCCUCCACAACAGCCAGUGCAACAACAGCCGGAUGCCAGCAAGAUACAGCGCACGCAGAUGCCAGUGGUCCCUGUGGUGUUUUCGGAACUGGACGACCUUUCAGUUGACCAGCUUGAGGAAUUGAACACGGACAGACACUUGCUCAACAAGUUUGUUAGAGAUUUACGAUUGGUAACGGAGUUUACCAAGCUGAGGGAUGAAGUGCUGCACUGCAACAUGGACAUCGCAAACACAACUCUUGGCUACGAGAGCGAGCUGCGUGACCUACAAGCAGUGGUAGCGACUCAACGAACCGAGCUACAUGCUGCUCAGCAAGCACUAGCUGAGAAACAAGCACGACGGCAGCGAAUCAUGGCGCGCCACCGACCCGAUGCACUACUGGAACAACUCGCAGCAGCAACAAAAGCCAUGGACAACACCACCGACGAGCUUGCCUCGCAGUUUGUCCAGGGCGACAUGGACGUGGCACGCUUUCUUGCUACGUACAUGCCCCAGCGCAACGUGUACCACGAGCGUACGCUCAAGCUCGCCCAUGUGACGAACCAGCAGCAGUAG